AUGAGAGCCCUAGAGGUCAUGUCUUCCACCAGUCUUAAGCGCAAAGUAGCAGAAUCCAGCCAGGAGCCUAUAGCUAAGCGCCACCAUCUUUAUGGGUACGAUCCGCACUCCCCAUGGUUACACCAGUCAGCAUCUCCCGGGAUAUGGCGGACACGGGGGAAUCCAGGUGUGCAGCACUCGAUGCCCCUAUCAAAUAUGGUGUCUGCCGUUCAAGACUUGAUAGACCCGGACUUCGAUCCACUGACAGCGAUGCUGGACGACGAGCCCCGAUUUUUAAAACCCUUACCGGCUCGCAUCGCCCCGGAGGACUUGGAGUUCCUGCGAUUUCGUGGUGCCCUAUCAAUUCCAGAGACCGGGUUGCGGGAUGAGCUUCUUCGCUGUUACAUACAAUGGGUGCACAGCUUCAUGCCAGUUUUGAACUUGCAAGAGUUUUUACGAUGCGUGGCUGAAAAUGACCCUGAGGGAAAUGUUAGCAUCCUACUCUUUCAGGCAGUCAUGUUCGUUGGUACGGCUUUCGUCGAUCUCAAGCACUUGCAAGAUGCCGGGUAUUCAACCCGGAAAAGUGCGCGUAAUGCGUUCUUUACUCGAUUAAGAUUACUCUAUUCCCUCGACUGCGAAGAGGAUCGCAUCGAGAUUCUCCAAACACUGCUAUUAAUGACCUACUGGGCUGAUUCGGAGAACAGUCCCCAGCGAGAUAUUUGGGAUUGGAUGGGAGUCUGUAACACACAAGCACAGUCGAUCGGUUUAAACAAAGACCCUGCAUCAGGUGAAAUUGACAUACGGACUCGAAGGCUCCGUUCCCGGCUUUGGUGGUGUCUGUACUCCCGAGAUCGGUUGAUCGCUAUGGGUAUGCGGCGCCCGCUUCAGGUUAACGAUGGAACGAGCAGUGUCCCCAUGCUCAAAUUGGACGAUUUUGAUUUUGAGCCUUUCUCUCCAUAUGUGGUGGCCAAGUUCUAUUGCCGCCAACUCCAAGAUGUGUCACAUCAGAAACGCCUCGCUACCAUGUUCAUCGAGAAGGUGAAGCUCUGCCAAUGUAUUGGUAGGGUAAUAUUCGCGCAGUAUACACCAUCCCAGCGCCAGUUUGGAGCUACAGACCGGACUACGGUCACACUUACCCCUCGACAGGCUUCCGAGUCCGAGUUUGCGCGAUGCGGCCAGAAACUCGACUCAUGGCUUAGUGCGCUCCCUAAAGAUGCACAAUUCAUUCCGAAGUCGGGAAAGAACUUCCAUGAUGGUGAAGAUGUACUGCUGCUUCAUGGUGCGAUGCUACGUAUGCUCUACCAUGCUACUAGCAGCGCACUUCACCGGCCUUGGGCAAAUUCUUCAAAAGAUCAAUCUAAAUCACGGACGGACUGGCGCGAUGCUGCUCGCACAAAAAUGAACGAUGCUGCUGCGGGGAUCACACAUAUUAUUCAAGGCUUAAAUCACCUCAACCUCACAAGGUUUCUACCGCAGUCUGGAGUGACUGUGAUUCUACCUGCCGCUGUGGCACAUUUAACCAACACCAUGUCCGACGACCCCGCUGUCCGUGAAAGCAGUGUGGACAAUUUCCAUCGCUGUAUUAAAGUCCUCCACUGUCUUAAGGAUAUUUAUCCAGCCGCCGGCCAAGAGUUCGCCAACAUUGAGGCCGCCAUCAAAAUGCAGGCAGGUGCCUCCAGUACAUUCUUUCAAGUCAUGGAAUACAACCUCGACGCUCCUGCCACAUCGUUGGCGACCAGGAAACCAAGCAAUACCAACUCCAUCUCCCAAGCCCAACCAGCCCCACCUGCUAGUGUAACCGAGACUCCCAAGUCGCGAGCACAAACUGCAUCUACGCAACAGAACAUGCAUCAAAGAAAGCCUAGCAUGGAGCCCACGCAUGAACCUGCCCCGCCUUUAUUCCCCAAUGUAUUCGAUCAAUAUACCGACCUCGGCAUCAUAGACAACAAUCCUUUCAACUAUCUCUCCAUCGACAUCGACUCCUUCCCCGACUUUCAGACCCCUCCCAAUCCAAUGAAGUCCAACAAUCCAGACAAACCCUAUAUGUCACCACCACCUCAAGACCAAGAUACAAUCGACUGGGCACAAGAGCUGUUCCAAGACACCGACCUAAAUCUAUACAGCAACACAGACGCCUUUCGCAAACCCGAAAAGACAACUCCUCCCCUAGAUCAAGAUCAAAACCUCGACGAUCCAUUCUCUUUUACUUUGAGGGAUACAGAUGACAUUCGCUCAGUUCAUUCUCGUCAUCAGUCAAUGAACGAUGGAAGGCCCGAAAUCACUGGCGAUCUGGAUCGAGACUUGGGGUUCCAGUCUGGUGAUGACAUGUUCUAG